UAUUGCAGGGUGGACUAAUCUUGUGUCCCGUAGCCGGUAGCCGUGCAACCUAGAUUACUACACCAAGUAAAACAAAAACAAAAAAACCGCAAAAAAUUCUUGGCAAUUUCUUCUCAUUUUCGAGCCAAAAGAAACAAUCUUUUCCUAUCUCCGCCUCUCUUCGUCUCCGUUAAGGCCUCUGGAUUUCAACUGUGUAUCGUACAAAACAUAAUUCGAGCUAAACAAAAAUGAACCUCUUCAACAAGAAACCGAAUCCCAAAGAGGUUCUUCGAGAGAGCAAAAGAGAAAUGCAAAAUGCUACUAGAGGUAUAGAGAAGGAAAUUGGAGCCUUGCAAUUAGAGGAAAAGAAGCUUGUCGCUGAGAUAAAAAGAACUGCUAAGACAGGAAACGAGGCAGCAACUAAAGUCCUAGCCAGGCAACUUAUCAGGCUUAGGCAACAAAUAGCUAACUUACAAGGUAGUCGUGCUCAAAUGAGAGGCAUAGCAACUCAUACACAGGCAAUGUAUGCCCAAUCUUCUGUUGCUAAUGGUUUGAAAGGUGCCACGAAGGCGAUGUCAUCUAUGAAUAAGCAAAUGGCUCCUGCAAAGCAAGGAAAGGUUAUAAGAGAAUUUCAGAAACAGUCAGCAUUGAUGGAUAUGACUACGGAAAUGAUGUCAGAAACCAUUGAUGAUGCCUUGGAUGAUGACGAUGCUGAAGAGGAGACUGAAGAGUUGACAAAUCAAGUACUAGAUGAAAUUGGUGUUGAUGUUGCCUCCCAGUUGUCAACGGCACCAAAAGGUAAAAUUGCCGGGAAGAAUAAAGAGGAUGUGGGCAGUUCCGGCAUUGAUGAACUUGAGAAGAGGUUGGCUGCUUUGAGGAAUCCUUAAAACAAUGACAAGAAGUUCCAUGUUUUUAUCCUAUCGAUCAGAGCUUCACCACAUAAGCUGAUUCUUCAAAGUGAUUUGUUCUGUAUAUAUCAUCUUCUUCGUAUCCAUGGUUCUCUGGAAGAUGUUUAGCUUGUAAUUUGGUGCUUGUGAAAAUACUAUUUCAUCAGAUCAUCUGUUUCACAAUGCCCUCUCGGCUCAAAUCAAGAAUCAGAGUUAACUCAAAAUCUAAUAAUCUUUUUUAGUAGAUAAAUGUAUUUUUGGUGAUCGCAAAAUAUUAACUUCGGCAUUGAUAUAGAACCAGCCAAUAUGAAAAAUUGGGAAA